UGACAAGCUGAAGGGAAGAUGAUGGUCUGAUCCCAUUUCUUUUGGCAGGGGAGAAAGCGAAGAUAUCUGGCAUCUCCUCUCCUUCUUGUUUGCCAUCCAGGAGAUCAACCAGAAUCCCAGUCUCUUACCCAAUAUCACUCUGGGCUACAACCUCCAUAACGUGUUUGACAGUGAGGAAAUGACUUCUGAAGCCUUGCUCGACCUGCUUUCGUUUGGACAAGCCAAUAUUCCAAAUUAUAUGUGUGGAGGAGAGAACCUGCUGGCAGUUCUUGAUGGGACCGAUUCAGACAUUUCCAUCCAGAUCUCCACCCUCCUGGGCAUCUACAAAAUCCCACAGAUAUCUUACGCUUUUGUUUCUCAAGUUUUGAGCAAUAAAGCUCGGUUCCCGUUUUUCUACCGGAUGAUGCCGGAAGAAGGAGCACAGUAUUUGGGAAUGGUCAGACUCCUCCUUUAUUUCCGCUGGACGUCCAUCGGCCUCAUCGCUCCAGACACAGACAAAGGGGAGCAGUUCAUGAGAACCUUGAUGCCGCUCCUGGCAACAAACGGCAUUUGCGUUCUUUUCUCACUAACUAUCUCAGGGGUGAAUCGGUAUGAAUCAAAUAUCCCUCCGGAUUCCUUCCUCAAAUGGGAACAAAUCAAUGUAUUUAUUUCCUCAGUGGAGACAACUUCUGACUUCUUUAGAAUGGCUCUUGUAGAAGGAGUAUUCAAGGAUGAAAUAAAACCUAAAGAAGGGAAAAUCUGGGUCAUUUCAGCAAUGAGGGACAUCACCUUUGACCUGAUGCGUGGUCUUCUGUCUUUCCAGCACACUUAUGGCUUUUUUUCAAUCUACAUCCAGACAAAAAAGGGGACAAAAUAUGAUGGUAUGGUUCUCCUCUACUCUUCUAUCAUGCAGUUUGCCUUUCAAGCAUUUCAGUGUUCCUACUCCAAGCAUGCCUUGUCCGUGAGUGCCUGGAUAAGAUGCAGAGAGAGAGAGAACCUGAGGACUUUGCCCCAGGAGCAGGUGGAACGAACCCUUUCUCUCGACAGUUACCGCAUCUACAACACCAUCUGGGCGGUGGCCCGUGCCCUAAAUGCUGCCUAUUCCUCCGGACCCAAGAGGGGGAGGGGGAGGAGGAGGAAACGUGGGGAGACGUUGGGAACUCAGAUGUUGCAGCCUUGGCAGCUCCAUCCUUUUCUGCAAAACUCCCGAUUCUACAACCGUUCCAUGGCUGGUGUAUAUCUGAACAAGAAUGGAGACCUGGCAGCUGACUUUGACAUCGUCUACUGGGUGAAGUUUCCCAAUAAAUCUGUCAAUCGAAUGACCUUUGGGAGUGUGGAAAAACAGGGAUCCCUGGAGCCCAAGUUUACCAUCAACGAGGAUGCCAUCGUGUGGCCAAAAUGGCUCAACCAGUCCAUGCCACCUUCCAGGUGUGUUCAAAGCUGUCACCCCGGACGGGUCAAGCUGAUUCAGGAAGGAGAGCCACUCUGCUGCUACAAGCGUGUUUCUUGUGCGUACGGGACCAUCUCCACUCAGGAAGGUGUGUACUCCAGAGGGCAAGUCAGUCAGUCCUGUAACCCACCAGCCUCUGUGCAUUCUCAUUUCUGUGCCCAAGUGAUGUUCACGUGA